AUGCCAGAAGAAACCCCAGCCCAGCGCCGCCGCCGCCUCGGCACAGCGGGGCAAACCCGAGUCCGAACUAACCGAAGGCCGGCACCUCUGAACAUAACGCGUCCGACACAAGCUCAGAUUGAAAAAGGCAAUACACCAAGCCCGAGUCCUACGAAGGAGAAGGAGAAGGAGCUACCGCUGCCGAAUUGGAAGACUGCGCCGUAUUACGGGACCGCUAAGAAGGACGACGACGACGAGGUGCCGGCAUUUUUGAUACCGGGGACGGAGAGGGUUGUUAGGGAUAUCGGGGAGGUGGGUGUUGGGAGGUUUGGGCCGGGUGCGCUUGGGGGUAAGGGGUCUUUGUUUGGGCCUGGCGUCACUGUGUUUGGAGGGAAGGAGGAGGGGUUUAAGAAGCCUGGCCUUAAUUGGCCAGAAGUGCCAUUGGGAGGGAGGGUUCUUGGGACUGGUGAGAGUGUGAGACCUGGGUUUCCGAUUAAAGGUGCCGCUGCAGCUUUUGGGACUUCGACUGGUGGAUUGGGAUUUGGGGGUGUUGAGGCGAGUCCUUGGAGUGACGGAGCGGGAGUGAAGGGAGGUGAACAGAGACCGACUUCAGCGAUUCCUGUUUCGAGCUGGACGCCGCGCGCGAGCAAUCUUUCUGCGGCGGCGGCGGUGUUUUCACCUGCACAUACAUCUUUGCCGAGUCAACAACAGACCACUGCACCGCCAUCUACACCUUGGGCGAAUCACCAACAUUUCACUGCACCGCCCCCUACACCUUGGACCGCUAGGCCUGCCGGCUUUGGAGACAAUCGGCCGUCCACGAACUUCGCGAGUAACACCGGCUCGAGUAACAUACCUCCAAGCGGAGCUUUAGGGACAGAAGCGAGCACAUCCGGACAGAAUCAUCCACUCGCCACUUCACUAAACAGCUCAAACUUCAAUACUCGAUGCACAUUUCCAUCGUCGUCGACAGGACUGGGCGCAUACGGCGGCAACGACCCGAGCGCGGCGGUACAACUUGGUGGCGACCCUCAGGUCGUGAAUCAGGACGAAGAUAUCGACUUACUUGACGCAUCGCCCGAGGUCGACGAGGAUCUUGAUAUUGUUAGUCGAGUGGAUUCAACGCAGUGGAAUCCAGCGUUUGGUCAGGCGCCAGCGGCUGCGACUUUUGCAAAUCAAGUCUUCGAGUCGCAAAACGGGCGAUACGAACAACAAAAUCAAUUCUACAACCAUAUCAGCAAGCAGAGAGAAUCUGAGCAGAGAGCCUCCGAGCAGAGAGCCCUGGAGCAGAAAGCCUCCGAGCAGAGAGAAGCUGGAUUGAAGGAACAACUCAAGCGGGAUUUCCUAGCACGACGAAAUAUUGCCGACGUGCCCAGCAUGCCACCGCAAACUCAGUCAGGAACUCCCAUUCUGGGCCAGUUUCUCGUCGCUAUCAAUGGCUUCAUCAAGGCGGACAACGAAGCGGGAAUCACAGACUACAUGGUCAUCGAGCCGCCAUACUCGGACAUGUACAACAAGCUGAUCUCAGAGCUGCAACAAAACUUUCCGCCAGGCUCCGAGGAGGUACUCGAAGAGAAGUGCAGGCAUGUGCUCAGUCAUGCUCGAGAUGGAGUUAACGGAAGUCCGAGCUGGUCGCAGUUCAUCAGAUUCGUGGCGCAGUAUCUCAGCUUUCUGAGAGACGUCGAUAUGGACCAGAGCAAGUACCUCCAGACGUACGAGCUGCUCGUUGAGCUUCAGAAGAAGGCCAACAGCGCCCUCACACAUGCCCAGCUGGGACAUCUGGUGCUUGGUACAGUCAUGUCCGCAGCCAAAGCCAUGUCUCGACUCGCUAUAGGCCUCGACAAGCAACCUCACCUCAUCGCGCAUCUCAAGUCAGCCCAGAUCACCGAGAAUACAAACGAGAACGAAGCACGAACGCUCCCUGAGCGUGCGGUGGAGUUCAUUAGGCCAGCUCUAUCGAACUGCGUCACUGAUCGAGCGUCCAAAGUGACCAGAGACGGCAAGAUUGAAGGCAAGCAACGUGGCGCCUACAAUCUCGCCAACAUCUGCCUCAAAAUCUACUUCCAAUGCCGCAGUUUCAAAAACGCUACUUUGGUGUUUCAGAGCAUCGGCUCGACAACAAUGCCAAUCUCCGCCUACUCUAGGCGUGAUCGCAUCACAUACCUCUACUACCUGGGCAGAUUCUGGUUCCAGAACAACCACUUCGAACGAGCUCGCCAAGCUUUGCAGCAAGCAUACGACGAGUGCUCUGCACAAGAUCACAGUGUAAAGCAGCGACGCUACAUACUGGUGUUCCUGAUUGCCAGCAGCCUCAUCGUCGGCCGCUUCCCAAGUCAAGCAAUCUUCCAACGACCUGAGGCGCAGGGUCUGCAGGAGCGCUUCUUCCCGCUGAUGCAAGCCAUCCGAUCUGGAAACCUUGCACUUUUCCGUCAGCACAUGAGCCUCGAAAACCCACACUCAGAUUGGUUCCUUCACUUUCGCAUACUGCUACAACUCAAAAACAGAUGCGAAAUCCUCGUGUGGCGAAGUCUCGUACGCAAGAUCUUUAUCCUUAAUGGAACAAAGUUCGACCCGAACAACCCACGAGCAGCUGUGACAUUCGACCUCGACGAUCUCGUAGCAGCCUUAUCAGCUCUCGAGAAGCAAUCACGCCGACCCGAAGACGAAACCUACAUCGACCCCGACCUAGACGGCGCAGAAGAUCAAGCAGAAGCGGAAAGACUGCCCGACGUGCGACAGAUCGAGUCGAUCCUCGCAUCGCUAGUGGAUCAAGGUCUGCUGAGAGGCUUCAUCGCGCAUCGACAGCACAAGUUCUCGAUCAUGGGUGUGAGGAACGCGGGCGGUGAUGCGCUUGCUGCGGGUUUCCCACAGCCUUGGAGAGUGCUUGAGCAAAAGGUGAGUCAGGAGGAGGGUUAUAACGAAAUUCCUGGGUGGCAAACGGGGGCGCCUGGGAGCAUGGCAACGGGAGGCGCGAUGGCCGGGAAGGUGAUCAAUUUGGCUGGAUUGAGGCAGGUCGGAGCGUCCUGA